GAUUGUGUUUUUCCGCCAUCACCAAGGCAGCGUUUCUUUUUAUUUCCGUGUGUGUGUUGUUGAUUGCAUCAUCUUAGAUCUCAUUAACACUACUACUCUCCAACGUGGUGUUUUUAUUGAAUAUAUUAUGGCUUUGUACGGCAAUCAGGGACCAUCGUCUUCCCAAUACUACAAUCCAAGUCAACCAACAUGUCACAACACACUGUACAAUUGCUCUCAACCGUGCGUUGAAGGCUUCUCUUAUUGUCUCGAUCACAUUUCAGAAGAUCGAAAUGCUCCCUACAGAUCGUGCACUUUUGUUUUCUCAAAUGGUAAAAGAUGUGCCACCAAUGUUCUCAAGGGUGAAAGGAGAGACGGGUUGUGCCAGGAUCACGCCAAGAGAUCGGCCCUGUGCAAAAUGAAAACACUCAGGAAGAGGCAGCCCCCGGAAUCCCUUGAAACCCUCAUAGAUGAUCUGCAGCACUACAGUGAAGCUGGAAAUGAAGAGAAGGCCACUGGAACGCUCAGUUUAAUCGAAAAGCUGUCCCUGAAUGCUUCCACACAAAAACUGCAAGAUUAUGCAAGUGAAUCAGAUAGUGAAGAUGAACUACCAACUGCAGAGCAAACCAUCAGACAAGAGGAUGACUCUGAUGCAGAGAGUAUUGACAGUGACCAAGAUGAUCCCUUGAGGCAUGCUGGUGUCUUUACUCCUGAAGAAGUGGUUUUGCUAACCCGCGACAAACUCAUCAAAUUGCAAGCGCUGUACCUUGACCAAUUUAAGCGGUUGCAUCACCAAUUAAAGUGUGCACGAAGACGUUAUCUCAACGGAGUGAAAAGAGAAAAGGAGAACGGAGUUGCAAGUGCUCCUUACCCGGAUACGCCGUCAGAACGCAGGGCUGUGGCAAAGUUACGAAGUUUACGUCGUUUCCAGCGACAUCGAGGCUCUGAGGCAUUGCUGCAUCAUCAAUUACAGGAGAAACGCCUCCAAGUCACACAGGGAGUCAAUUACAAAGCUCCACCUACCCCCAAGUGUUCCUUCGUCGACUGUGGUAUCAAGUGCACAAACCCUGCUGUUCCGCUUACGAAGCAUUGCACAAAACACGUUCUCAAUGAUUCGUCGCAAAUGUUAUUCCGCCCAUGUGGGGCUAUAUUUCACGAUAACGAAUGCAAGGAACCCGUCAUCAAUUUCAGCGAGAAUACUAGAUGUGUAUAUCACACAAUGAUGCCACCAAUGAUGCUUGUUGAGCAGGACAUCUGCGUUGCGUCGCCACUAAUUAGCGUCGAUGACGAAAUAGAGAAGGUGGAAGUGAAAAUAGAAGUCGACGACGCUGGACAAACUUGCGGUUAAUUGUUUCUAUAUUUCCCGGGUUACUAUUUACAGUUCUCUACACGCUGUAAGGCCAUUUCCGUAAACGUUUUGAAACGGUAGAACUUAAAUAAUAGAACGCUGCUCUGAAAGUUAAAAUGAAUGGUUGAGAGUGAAAUAUAAACUUGUGUGAACAUAA